AAUAUUAUAGACUAUAUAGUCUAUACUGACAAUACUUAUACAAUAUUUAUUUUUUUAAUAAUAUUACAUAACUUAUUAUAAGAGGAGUAUAGAUCAACAGAUAAAAAAAAAUCUAUUCUGUUCUACCUACAUCUAGAUUCUAGACUAGAUAGAACUAUUAUAAAUAUUUUAUUUUAGUUGGUAGGACCGUUUAUGAUCCGAAUUUUAUAGGCCCAUUUAGCCUAUAUUAGUUCUAGAUCUAGUGAAGUAUCAAUAGAUCCAGACAUUUAUUAAAUUAAUUUAGUUGAGUUACAAUGAACAGGGUUUCAAUUAUUCGAGGAUUUACAAAGUUCGGCAGCAGCAACUCAAUUGCAUCUUUGUUGCCUUCAACAUUUAAUACUCAUAAAAAUGGGAAAAAACUCUUGUGUCAGAGAACAGGAUUUAGAACAUCAUUUAUUGAAGGUUAUCAGUUUCUAGUGGUGCAGAUUAGGGGUAUUGCAGAUGACAAGCAAACUGAGACUAAAUAUGAUAAAUUACCUAAUCCAUCUGAUUUGGCUCACUUCAGGUCAAGUUCCUCUCCACCUGUCAAAAAAGAUGAUAAAGAAAAGGACAACCCUCCCAUAGGAAUGUAUGCAAUGCCACACCCAAUAUGGAGUGAAGACCAACUCCAUAAUGUAGAGAUAACUCAUAAAGUACCAGAGGGAAUUAUUGAUAAAUUGGCUUACAAAACUGUACAGAUUCUACGCUCUGCAUUUGAUUUAUUCUCUGGAUUCAAACAUGGAGAAACCAAUGAGAAAAAAUGGAUCAACCGCAUUUGUUUCCUGGAAACUGUUGCUGGAGUUCCAGGAAUGGUAGCUGCCAUGAUGAGGCAUAUGAGGUCAUUAAGGAGAAUGCAGAGAGACCAGGGCUGGAUACACACACUUUUGGAAGAGGCAGAGAAUGAAAGAAUGCAUUUGUUGACAGCCUUACAGUUGAAGCAACCUUCUCUUCUGUUCAGACUCUGUGUUAUUGGAUCCCAAGGUUUCUUUGUCACCUGGUUUGGCAUCAGCUACAUUUUGAGUCCAAAGUAUUGUCACAGGUUUGUGGGCUACUUGGAAGAAGAAGCUGUUAAAACUUACACCAACUGUCUAAAGGAUAUUGAACAAGGUAAUAUGCAACAUUGGAAGACACAGCCAGCUCCUGAUGUUGCUAUAAGAUAUUGGAAACUUCAACCUGAUGCCACCAUGAAAGAUGUCAUACUGGCCAUCAGAGCUGAUGAGGCUCACCAUCGAGUGGUCAACCAUUGUCUGGCCUCAUUACGCAAGGAUGACUUUAACCCUUACAAACCUGGUCAUUAAUUACUUUUUUUUUUUUUGCUUUAUGUGAUUUCAUUGGUUGUUACAUUCAUACUUUCAUUAUUUUUGUUUUUUGUUUUUAAUUAAAUGAAAGGUUUUCAGAACAAAGCAAUUUUACUUUUGAAACUUUUACCAGUAAUAUACAUAGUUCAAUUCAGAGAUACAAACGUUGUACUAAAGAGAAGCUUUGGUAGGGCUGGGUUUUUUUGGUAGCUUUAGACUGAACCACAUUGUAAGCAAACCAAUUUUCUCUUUUUUUUUUUUACAAAGCUUAUAUCAACUUUGUCUGUCUGUCUGUCUAGGAAAAAUUUUAAACAUGUUAUUUUUCCCAACACUCAUUUUCAGAUGCAGUUGAAACACAAUUAUUUAUUGUACCUAGGAAAACAUGUAUCAAAAAAAUUAACCAAUAAGUUAAUUAAUUGUAAUUAAUUAUAUUGUUUCAUAUAAAAAAGGGAAGUAAAUUCUACUUAAUUUAGAAAUAUGUAGUUGUUAAUUGGGAGUUUGUACCUUAAGACAAGAUAAGCUUUUGUAAAAAGUAUUUUUUUCUAUUUUGCUUGUUGCUUAUUAUUAUUUUUCUAUUAAAACUGAGAUUAUAUAUUAAGGAAUCUUGCUCUUUUUGUAAAUACUAAUGACUGAUAUUUGGUCUAUAGUUUACAAUUAUUAUUUCAUUUUUAAAUUGCUUUUUGCCAUAGCAGUAACAGCUGCAUUAUACCACAUGAUAUAUUUGACAUUUUAUGAAUUCAUUUUGAUGUUCAUAAUUGUUAUUCUCAAAUGUCUUUCUGUUAAAACUAUCAUAUAGAUCUUACAAUUUGGCUUUAUUUGAUAAUAUAAUGAUAAUAUAACAUGACAUGUUUCAGUUUUGUAUGUUUCCUUUGUUCACACUCUUGAUAUCUUGACAUGUACACAAGCAAUGAAGAGAGCUCUCUUCAUUCUAUGUUUGUUUCACUUUUCCUCACACAAAAUACUCAUUCUCAUUAUCUACAUAAUUCUAAAGUCUCCUGAACAAAGCUGCCAUACUUAGUCUAGAUUUACAACUAAUGACACUUGAUGUCUCCUGUAGUGCAAUUGCAUAUAAAUGUAAAGAAAAAAGUCUGUAUUUGUUCUUUUGGCUAAAGAUUAAUUUACAGAGUUACUCCCCUGAAGAAAAUAUUAUUUUUUUUUGGUACAAUUUAUAGCUUUUCAACUUGAGUUUUCUGAUUGGGAUUGCAGUAAAAAUGUAUAUCAACAUAUUAUAAUAAGUAAGUCAAUAACUGAAUGAAAUAACAAUGAACUGCUUGCCAAGAUGUAGGCUCAUAAGUGGAACCACUAAUUUCUAUUCAAAUCAAUAACUGAAUGAAAUAACAUUCAACUGCUGGCCAGAAUAUAGGUUCAUAUGUGGAAGCACAAUUUUCUGUAUUCAUUAUUUUGCACAUGUGUUUUCUGUUGAUGAUCAAGCAGCACCAUAUGAGCUAAAACAAAAAGGUGAUGGGGGAAACAGUUAAUUGGUCAAAGAAGGGAAAGAAAGCUUUUGUUUACAAAUACAAUUGAAAUAAAAAGAGAAUGAAGUUGAGUCUGACACUGUUGUUUAGAGGAAUCACUAAACAUUUUAUGAACUUCUGCAAGUAUAUCUUAUGUCAUACUCCAUAGUGUAAACUUUCGUUUAAACUUUUCUAAUGGUUACAGUUUAGAAAUGUUAAACAAACUCACAGUCACAUGGUUCCACAUAAGAACCUACAUUCUGGCAAGCAGAAUGAUUUCUCAAACAUUAUAAACUAAAUGUUCACUUUCUUUUGUAAGCUUUGAACCUAGAGUGGUGGAGCCUGUUAAAUUUAAAUUCUUGUAUAUAGUUCAUGGGGAAAAUGUAGAAAUAUUCAUUAGUAUCUUCUUUUUUUUUUCAAUACUUUUAUUAGAUAAUCAUUGCGAUGAAGCAAGAAAAAUAAAGACAUUAACUCAUGA